AUGAAGUCAAACCAGAAGCCGGUAUUACAAAAUUGGUAGCCGAGCACGUCGGUAGUAGACAAAGGCCUGUGGCCAUGGCAGCGAGACAACUUUUCGCCCUCCUUUUCUUAGCGUACUUUCUCUGUCACAUCUCGCCCUCUUUUGCUGCGCCCAAUGUCCUGUACACUGGCCAAGCUCUCUUCACCAACCAAUACCUGCAGUACGGCAACUACAUUUUGCUUAUGCAGAGCGACUGCAACCUCGUGCUAUACGACAACACCACUCCUAUCUGGUCCACCCAAACCAGUGGCAAGGGCACCAAUUGCGCUGGCCUCCUCCAAGGAGAUGGCAACUUUGUCGUAUACAACGGCAAUCGCCAACCUGUGUGGGCAAGCAAUACUGCCGGUCCUAGCGGCAAAUACGUCGUCAUUCUCCAGCCCGACCGCAACGUCGUCCUCUAUGGCCCAUCGCGCGCGGAGACCGGAACCGCAAUCUAA